CAAAGGAAUAGCUUCUUGCGCCUCGAUUGGGCUAGGAAGAACCUCGAUCGAGAUCUGCUAAUUGCCCUGGCCCAAAUUGCGCUGAAGAUCGACGUGGCUCGGCGCUUCAGGCCCCCACUCCCGUAUGCAUGUAUUUGGCACCCAAUCUUGGACUAGCCCAGCCUUUUUGGAUUUAUCACCACUUGUCUCUAUGUUCAUCCAUGAAGUAUUAUCCUCCAUGGAAACUUCAUUGUUUGAAUUCUUCAGCUCAUUAUCAUGCAUAUCUUCAUCUCCUUUUUCCUUUUGCUCAUCGUCCUCAUUAUUAUCCUUAUCCAUGUCCAUCGGCUCAGGGUUAAUAUUAUCCCCCCUCCCCCCUUGCUCGACUUUGAAUUGAAACUCCUAUAGAUAGUCCCCAAUAACCACAUCCACAAAUUCUAGGAUUAAGUUUGGAUCUAAAACAGACAUUUGCAUGCGUGCAAUAUCAUGUCUCCUUGUAAAUUUCAUAUCCACCAUUUGUGUAGCUCCCAAAAUAGAGCCAACUGCCCAGAUGACUAAGAACUCCCAUAAUUCCAUUGUCAAUCCCCAGAACUGCACCCACACCUUAGUUACUUGACUUCGUUACAAGCUAUGCGUUCCUCAAUCACCAUCUUAGCAUUAUGUGCUUUUAUUUGCACAACACCCCAUUCCACCAUGCGUUGUAAUUCAGCUUUGGACGGAAAGAUGGUUUUAAAUGUAUUAUUUCCAUUCUCCUCCAUAGCCCGUUUGGGAAAUGUUAUGGAAAGCAAUCAACAUAUUAGCUAAGUUUGGAAUUAAAUUUGUAGUUUCCUUAGUUUUUACUUCCAUGUUUAGUUGGAGAAGAUUUGGUUAGUUAUUUCCUUAUUUAGCUUGAAGGUUUCCUUAGUUACAUCCUUCCAUAAAUAAAUGUAAUCAUUUAUAUAAAGGCAGUAGUGUGUUUCGGAUUAAGCAAGCCAGAAAUAAUCAAAGUAAAGAUCGGAACCUGCUAGGUAAGGUGAUCUAGUUAUCGUAGUUACCCGUUCCUUAAUAUUUGGUAUCAAGAGACACCGAUCAUGUGCAUCACACCCUCCUCCACGCCGCUGCCUUGUCCUUGCACCGCUGCUCCCCACACCGCCACCACCGUAGCUAUUGUUCGGUUUCCAGCUGCUGCUCUACUCCACGCUGUCCACCACCAUUGCCUUGUGUCGUUGUUGAUCACACAACCAGCAUGUGCUCCCCAUCAUGGGUGACAACACCUACAUCAUAGAACUUCUCGACAAGAUGAUGGAGAAACUUUUAGCGAAGGUUGAAACAAUCGAGGCUUGUCAGGAUGAAUGGGUGAAGAAUUUCAGCACCUCAGGUUUGGCCUCUUCCGCCACCUCGGGUCCUGUCAAGGGCAAAUCAGCAAACUCAGAUGAUGAUCGGUGCACUCGUCACUUUGAUAAGCUUACCUUCCCUAAUUUCAAUAGAGAGGGAGAUCCUGUGCCUUGAUUGAACUAUUGUGAGUAGUUCUUUCGUGGGCAACAGACACCGGAGAAUGACAAGGGGCCUUGUUUACUGAAGCAGUUUAGUUCCUGUUCCUGUCAUGGGUGUGGAACGUUUGAUGAGUUCUGCUAAUCCUUCAUCAGGUUUCGUAUGGCAUGGAAACGAAGCACCAGAGGAAAUGAAAAAGCUACAAGGUCUGAGGACAGAAACAAUGAUGGAAACCUGCCAAACCACAAAAAGCAGAGAUGAAGCAAUCAGAUGUCCAAUACCGUGCAAAAGCAGCAGGGGACAUGAUUUUAGAGCUGCACAAGAUCUUUCUGAUUUCAUUGUGAGCAAGGCUUCCCCUCCAUACUUUAUGGGAUCCCCGCCAGUUCGUGCAUCCAAUCCUCUUGUACAUGAUACACAGUUCUGUUCAUGGAAGGUGCAAAGCGUUGAUCAGUCACUAGGAAUUCCUAUACCAACCAAGGGCUUCAAUGUUCGGUACUCUGUGAAGGAAGGAUCCGUGACAAAGGCUUGAAGCUACAUUUAUCAGUUUCAUGAUUGCUCAGAGAACAUUCCUGCUGCGAAUUUGUAGUUGUAACGCUGCUUUUCUAAGCAAGGCUUAAGUGUACAUACGAGUCGUUGCCUUUUGAAGGUGUCGUUUUCGAGUCUUCUGCGUCAUGUCAUCGGCAGUGUUGUAAAUAUUAUUUUUUUCGGUUUUGUGGGUAGCGAAUCUAAUUUUCGUGAAUAAAUGCUGUCAAAUCUUGUUGACAAAUGAGUAACCUGAAUGAAAUUUUUUGCCUUCA